CACGCCCGUGUCGUGUUGAGAAGGUGAAACUUGAUUCCCGAAGUUGCAACGUGGGCCAAUGGAGACGGAGAUCAGCUGUACUUUUUCUUUCAAUCUCUUUCAUUAUAAUUAUCUUGUCGUGCCUGAAUUAGCAUUGGCCUCUCUGUAAGUACUUAGUCAUCAGGAGCUAAAUGCUUUAUGACUCUGCAGCGCGAUGUGUUACGGGUAUGACUUUGCAUGGUCGAGAACGAAGCUGCGCUAUAAACGUUGCCCCCGAAAACUUCUCCCAGGUGGUCGCGAUCCCGCCGAGUUCUGGAAGCGCAAGCAUGCGCGGCGACGUCGUGGGCCAAGGGCCGGAGCACAGGUCGAAUGUCCUGGGGCGGGCGGAAGACGCGUGUAAACAAAGGGCUUCCGAUGGAGGACUGGUGAAGUGUCUCAGGCAGUGAAAACAAAACGAAAAACGCUGUCUACGUACAAGAAAGACCUGUUCUCCAAAUAUGAAAGCGCUUGCGCAUCGCUGAGAAUGAUUGGACUAUGUACGACAAGCACAGGCGUUUUUACUUCUUCUCUCGCU